UUGAAAAAGAUGGCGGCGCAUAACACACAGAAGAACAACAACAAGGCGGCGAAGGCGAAACCACCCGGAGGAAAGGGGUCCCAGCCGCUUAUCAUAGCUAAAACUCCGGCGGAGGAGCAACGUCUGAAGCUGGAGAGGUUGAUGCGCAACCCGGAUAAGCUCGCUCCGAUCCCAGACCGGGGGAGAGAGUGGACGCCGAGGGCUCCGCCGGAGUUUGUCCGGGACGUGAUGGGCUCCAGCGCCGGCGCAGGCAGCGGCGAGUUCCACGUUUACCGGCACCUCCGGCGCAGAGAGUACCAGAGACAGGACUUUCUGGACAAGAUGGCAGAGGUGCAAAACAGAGAGCAGGACUAUCUGGAUAAGGUGGAGGAGAACAAACGCGCAGCAGACGAGAGGACGGCCAAGCGAAAGAAGAAGAGGGACAAGCUGAAGCAGAAGAAGAUGAUGGCGAAGAAAGCCAAAUUAGAGGCGAAAGAUAAGAAAGAUGGUGGUGAUAAUGACUCAUCUAGUAGCGAGGAUAAAAAAGAUGAUGAUGAUGAUGAUGAAAGAGAGGCUGAUGAUGAUGCAGAGGCACCUAGCUUCAUCAUGGGGAGGAAAUAAUACCAUAAUAACCCUAACCCUGCUGGCUCCUGCAGGGGUGGCAAACACAAACUGGGCUUCAAUGCCUCUCAUGGUGACUCUAUGGGGUGAUAAUGAAGACAUAGGGGUGUAAAUGGGACUCUCACAACUUUUGGAUCAGAAGUAUGGGAAUGUGCUCCCUGUUUUAUUCUUUUAACCCUUAAACAGGCAGGAGUGUUGCAUGUUGCCUGUUUUAAGGGUUAAUACCAGAAAAACAUUUGGACACACUUGUUUAGAUUAUUAGCUGGGGGGAAAACCCCUCACAGAGUGCAUGGUUUAAUGCAGAUAAAAUUAGCCAGUGUCCCAGUUGGAUAUGAGAUAUUUUAUUUUUUAUUUAACACUUUUGAUUUUUAAAAAAAAUUCUAGUGCUGAUAUCUCAAUGAUUCAUAUGACGGGCCAGACAUACUGUUGCUUCUCAAGUUUGCAAAAAAAGUGAUUGGACUGUUAAUAAUCAUCAAUAUUUUUAUAUGUUUUAAUAAAGAAAAUUACAACAUGCAUGGACAUUCAAGUGUUCACAUUUAAUUCCUUUUUAUUAUCUGUAAAAUUUAGCAUCACAAGUACUUAAAUGUUCUCGAUGUCUUUGCAGCCUUGUGACGCAGCCCCUCGCACGCCCUGUUGCUCGUGGGCACAACAAGGUGGCAGAAAGCAACCCAAAGAAUGAAAAGGCGUGACUCCUCAAGGUGCAGGAGUUUCACGUGCGAUGUUCCUUGGACAGAUUCCUGCUUUUCCACGGCGGUGAUGGUCUUCUUCUGUAGACAUCACCUUUCUUGAAGCAGGUAGAGCAAAAAAAUAGAAACCAGGCAGACAGAUAUUGUUUGUAACAGGGGAAGCUCUUCCUGUCAGACACUGAGCGCUGCCACAAUACUGUCUCUGAUUUUUAUACACAAAUAUGAACAGUUAAGACAAACACUGCCUUAAUUCAGUUAACUUUAUUUUUCAUAUAUAAAUCUCA